AACUCAAUCAUCCCUUUAAAAUCCAUAUCUCAAACCCGCCGUGAAACCUCCAAGACGAAUAAACCAUCUUCCACAACCCAUAGGCAUCCUUCAAUAUGGCACAAUCAGGAGUCUCCGUUGCACCCGAGUGCAUUUCCGCCUUCAACGAGCUGAAGCUCGGCAAGGAGACGAAAUACAUCAUCUACAAGAUCUCAGACGACUGGAAAGAGAUCGUGGUCGAGGAGACGUCCAAGGACAAGGACUUCAGCGUGUUCCGUGAGAAGCUGCUCAACGCCAAAAGCAAAGAUAAGAAGGGCAAAGAAGGCAUCGGUGGCCGGUAUGCCGUCUACGAUGUCGAGUAUCAGACGGAAGGUGAAGGCAUCCGGAAUAAGAUCACCUUUAUCAGCUGGUGCCCGGAUGACGCAUCGCAAUAUCCCCGCAUGAUGUACUCUUCAUCUAAGGAAGCUAUCAAACGCUCCCUGAAUGGUAUUGCCGCUGACAUCCAGGCCAACGAUGCCGACGACAUCGAGUUCGACAACAUCAUUUCACGGGUGGCCAAGGGACGCUAAGCCUGUCCCUGAUGCUCGAUCCUGUUGUGCAUUACGCUCCCAACCACGUUGUAUUGUACGUGUUUCCUCCGCGGAAACUUAUGAGCUGGGGUUAUGACCGAAAACUUGUGGCAUGAUGGACAGAUAUUUUGAUGGCGGAAUUGAUUAUGACAGCAAGGAAGAUGUUGAUCAAAUUUCC